AUGAAUGAAGCCAGAUUUUUGGGAACACUUCUUCUUUUAUUUCAUUUACGAAAUUGCUACAAUACAAAAAUUUCAUCGAGAACUGUUCAUGCAAAAAAAAUGCUGAAAGACAUAAAUCAAGUAAAUACAUUAGGAAACAAUACUGCAUCAAGCAUAACAACGACAGUUAAUAUGAAUAUUAGUCAAUUAUCUGAUUCACCUAACAUGGAAGAUGGUAUUAGCUUUAGUAACGAUGGUUCAAAUAACAAUGAAGAAGUCAUCCAAAUGGACGACGAUGCCGAAGAAUAG